AGGAGUCUCCCUGGCCUUUGCAGCCCCUUCCUGCCUGUGAAGAGUGGUCCUUCUGCUCCAGCCUGGCCUGGGUGGUUGAGGGUGCUGUCCUAGGUCCUUAGACAGAUGCGGGAUCUCCUGGGAGGCUGUGUGCAUCUCUUGUCCUGGGUUAGAGGUUGCAGGACCCAGAUGGGGCAUGGAACUCCUUGGACUGCCAGCAUUGCCUGGCCCCUUGCCCUCGGUCACUGCUCCUGCUCCCCUGUUUCCCUGGCCUAGGCCCAGGCACUACCUCUUCCAUCCAGGUUCUGGGGCCUGAUCUGGCUGACUGGGGACUGUGUCUGACCACUUUGGGGUGUUGUGGGCUGCCGCCAAGCUCAAGUUUCCCUGUGGACAUGGAGGAGGGCUCUGGGACAUUUGAAAAGAUGAGGGGUCCUGGCUCAGGCUCUGCCUCUCCCCUGCCCUGCCCCACCUGCAGUUCCUCAUUCUACUUCUCUCUUCUGCAGAUGGGAACUGAGUGAGUCAGGGCCCACCACUUCAGACCCCCAGCACAGGACAUGCCAGGGGGCUAGGUUUGGACUGGACAAGGCCCGCCCCACAUUCCCUGCAGCUCAUGUCCCCCAAGGGCCAGCUCGUUGCGAGAUCCCCAGCCUGGAAAGUGGUCAUCCCUUGCGGUGGACAGCAUGGAAGGCCGGUGUCCUCUGCCGCCAUCGGGGCCACCCAGGAGCCUGCAGGCAGGCUGCCCCUCACCCUGCAUGGACAUGCCCGGCCCUCAGCGGCAGCCCAUGGACCUGCGACUGGGCCCGCGGCCCCCCAUGGAGCCCCUGCAAGAGCCUGCCACGCUGCUGGCCCUGCAGCCGCCCCAGCACCUGGGACACCAACUUUUCCUUGCAGGCCUGCAGCAGCAGCAUGAAACAGAGCCCUUGAGGGUAAAGAUGCAGGCCCCAGCCCCACUCCCUCACCCUACUGCAUGCCCCUUGAGCUGCCGGCCCCAGCCACAGCUGCCCCAUGAUGUGCAGGCACCGGCAGCAGCAUCGCAUGUGCGUCAGGAACAGGAGCUGCGGCAGCUUCUCCACAAGGACAAGAGCCGGCGGAGUGCUGUGGCUAGCAGUGUGGUCAAGCAGAAACUGGCCGAGGUAAUCCUGAAGAAGCAGCAGCAGGCGGCGCUAGAGAGGACCACCCACCCCAAUGGCCCUGGCACAGCCUACAGGACACUGGAGCCCUUGGAGACAGAUGGAGCCACUCGCUGCCCACUUGGCCGCUUUCUGCCCCCUGUCUCGAGCCUGCCCGCUGACCCUCCUGAGCACUUUCCUCUGCGUAAGACAGUCUCUGAGCCCAACCUGAAACUGCGCUACAAACCCAAGAAGACCUUGGAACGCAGGAAAAACCCCCUGCUGCGAAAGGAGAGUGCUCCUCCCAGUCUGCGGAGGCGGCCAGCCGAGACCCUGGGAGACUCUUCCCCCAGCAGCAGUAGCACACCUGCAUCUGGCUGCAGCUCUCCCAAUGACAGCGAGCACGGCCCCAAUGCCAGCCUAGGCUCUGAGGUGCUCCUAGGCCAGCGGCUGCGACUGCACGAGACCACUCUGGCGCCCUUCACCCUGCCCACUGUGUCCCUGCUGCCCGCCAUCACGUUGGGAUUGCCAGCUCCUGCUAGGGUUGACAAUGAACGCAGAGCCCGCCAGCCUCUGGGCCCUCGGGGGCCUGUUCUGGGUAGCUCCCAUUGCCCCCUCUUCCUGUCCCAGGGCCUGGAGCAGGAGGCUGGGGGUUCCCUGCCCUCUCGCCUGCAGCCCGUCCUUCUACUGGACCCCGCAGCCUCUCAUGGCCCCUUGCUGACUGUGCCUGGCCUUGGGCCUCUACCAUUCCAGUUUGCUCAGUCUUUGCUGACCCCUGAGCGCCUCUCUGGGUCAGGCCUGCACUGGCCCCUGAGUUGGACUCGCUCGGAGCCCCUUCAACCACACCUGGAGCAGCUGAGACCUCACCUGCAGCUAGCUGAGAGGCCGGCCAAGCCAAGUGAGAAGCCCCGGGUGCGACAGAUCCCCUCUGCUGAGGGCCGAGAGUCAGAUGGUGGUGGAGUACGGCAGGUGGUGGACAACGGUCUGGAGCAUCAGGAGUCAAGCCAUGGGCAGCCAGAGUCCAAAGGUGCACCUCCACCCUUGCGGCUCCCCCAGAAGCUGCUCGAGGAGCCCUGUGCCCCACAGGUGGUGUUGUGGGAGCACAAGCGCCCGCCAGGGCCACUGACCCAGGGAUCAGGGGACUGUGUGCUGCUCCCACGGGCCCAGAGCGGGCACCGCCCCCUGUCCAGGGCUCAGUCUUCCCCCGCGGCACCUGCCUCACUGCUCAGCCCGGAGUGCACUGGCCAGGCCAGGCCCCCAUCCAGCUCAGAUCCCCCGGCCAGGACCCUGCCCUUCACCACAGGGCUGGUCUACGACUCGGUAAUGCUCAAGCACCAGUGCCCGUGCGGUGACAGCAGCCGCCACCCCGAGCACGCCGGCCGCAUCCAGAGCAUUUGGUCGCGGCUGCAGGAGCGGGGGCUGCGGAGCCGUUGCGAGUGCCUGCGAGGCCGCAAGGCCUCCCUGGAGGAGCUGCAGUCCGUGCACUCGGAGCGGCAUGUGCUGCUCUAUGGCACCAACCCACUGAGCCGCCUCAAGCUGGACGACGGGAAGCUAGCAGAACUCCUGGAGCAGCGCGUGUUCGUUAUGCUGCCCUGUGGCGGGCUUGGGGUGGACACUGACACUGUCUGGAACGAGUUGCAUUCCUCCAAUGCUGCCCGCUGGGCAGCAGGCAGCGUCACCGACCUGGCCUUCAAGGUGGCUUCCCGGGAGCUGAAGAACGGCUUUGCUGUGGUGCGGCCCCCAGGACACCAUGCUGACCACUCCACAGCCAUGGGCUUCUGCUUCUUCAACUCGGUGGCGGUUGCCUGCAAGCAGCUGCAACAGCAAGGCAAGGCCAGCAAGGUCCUCAUUGUGGAUUGGGAUGUGCACCAUGGCAAUGGCACGCAGCAGGCCUUCUACCAGGACCCCAGUGUGCUGUACAUCUCCCUGCAUCGCCAUGACGGUGGCAACUUCUUCCCAGGCAGUGGGGCCGUGGACGAGGUGGGAGCUGGCAGUGGCGAGGGCUUUAACAUCAAUGUGGCCUGGGCAGGAGGCCUGGAUCCCCCCAUGGGGGACCCCGAAUACCUGGCUGCCUUCAGGACGGUGGUGAUGCCUGUCGCCCGCGAGUUCUCUCCAGACCUGGUCCUUGUGUCGGCUGGUUUCGAUGCUGCCGAAGGGCAUCCUGCUCCACUGGGUGGCUACCGAGUUUCUGCCAAAUGCUUCGGGUGCAUGACGCAACAGCUGAUGAGUCUGGCUGGAGGUGCUGUGGUGCUGGCCCUGGAAGGCGGUCAUGACCUCACGGCCAUUUGCGACGCCUCCGAGGCCUGUGUGGCCGCCCUCCUGGGCAACAAGGUGGACCCAUUCUCAGAAGAGAGCUGGACACAGAAGCCCAACCUAAAUGCCAUCCGUUCCCUGGAGGCUGUGAUCCGCGUGCACAGUAAGUACUGGGUCUGCAUGAAGCGUCUGGCCGCCUGCCCUGAUACCUGGGAGCCCAGGCCGCCUGGCACUGAUGCCGAGGUGGAGGCUGUCACUGCACUGGCAUCUCUGUCUGUGGGCAUCCUGGCAGAAGACAGGCCUGCAGAGCAGCUGGUGGAAGAGGAGGAACCCAUGCAUCUCUAAGGCCCCUCUGGCUCAACCUCUGUCCUCCAAAGCACCCCGGCACACCGCGGCCCACCUGUGACCACUGUCCUCGGCCUGCAGCCCCCACACUGCACACAGUCCCAGGCCCCAUGCACAACUGUGAGCUUGGUUGCAGUUGGGAGCCCUCCCCCUGCAGCCAACAGGUGCCCUGGGAGCUCGAUGCGCUCUGACUCUGAUGUGCCGAACCUUCAUCUCCCCUCAGGGGUACAGCCCAGCCCCCAGGGACCCCUCGGCCGCUGCCAGUCCCACUCACCUGGGGCCUCCUUUGCCAGCUGGCUCCGCUGAGGGUGAGGGGGCCUCCUAUGCCAACUCCUUGGCUUGCAAGGGCCCAGGCCUGGGCCCAGAAGGAGGAUGUGUGAGAGCAUGUGUGUGCUUAUGUGUGUGUGUGUGUGCGCGUGUGUGUGGCAGCACAUGUGUGUGUAUGUCCACGUAUGUCCCCCCACUAUAUCCCGCGCAUGUUUUUGUAAAAAAGAGAAAAAAAGAAAAAUCUGAACAAUA